AUGGAGGAGAAGCUUAUACAGAGGUUGGAAUCGGCUGUGGCGCGCCUAGAGUCGCUGUCGCUGUCGGGCGGUGCGGCUGCGAGUGGCGACGACGGGCCGCUGGACCCGUCGAUUUUGGCCUAUGAGGAUCUGAUUCGGCAGUAUCUGGGUAGGGUUUCGGCCGCUGCCGACAAGAUUGGGGGACUGGUCUUGGACGUCACCAAGGUUCUCCAGCAGGCUUUUGCUGUUCAGAAGGACCUGCUGAUUCAGGUGAAGCAAACAAAGAAACCUGACAAUGCAGGGUUGGCUGAAUUUCUGAAGCCUCUGAAUGAGGUUAUCACAAAGGCAAAUGCACUGACAGAAGGGAGGCGGUCUGAUUUUUUCAACCACUUGAAGAGUGCUGUUGACAGUCUCUCAGCUUUGGCUUGGAUUGCCUAUACAGGGAAAGAAUGUGGUAUGAGCAUGCCUAUCACACAUGUCGAAGAAAGUUGGCAGAUGGCUGAAUUUUACAACAACAAGAUUCUUGUCGAGUAUAAAACCAAAGACCCAAAUCAUUUAGAGUGGGCCAAAGCUCUCAAGGAACUAUAUUUGCCUGGUUUAAGAGAUUAUGUUAAGAGUUUCUAUCCAUUGGGUCCAGUUUGGAGUUCAACUGGCAAAGCUGUCAGUGCUGCUCCAUCAAAACCAAAAGCUCCUGCACCAGGUGCCCCUGCUCCUCCACCACCUCCAUCAGCAUCACUUUUCAGUUCCGCAACUUCUCAGGCUUCAUCAUCACGCCCUAAAGAAGGGAUGGCAGCUGUUUUCCAAGAGAUUAAUUCCGGCAAGCCUGUGACUACAGGUCUGAGAAAGGUAACAGAUGAUAUGAAGACAAAGAAUCGGGUCGACAGAACUGGCAUCGUUGGUACCCAGGAGAAAGAAAGUCGUACCAGUUCACCUUCUUUUUCUAAAGCAGGACCACCAAAGCUUGAGCUCCAAAUGGGUCGCAAGUGGGCUGUUGAGAAUCAGAUUGGAAAGAAAGAUUUGGUUAUUAGUGACUGUGAUUCAAAACAGUCUGUUUAUAUUUUUGGAUGCAAAGACUCUGUUGUGCAAAUUCAAGGGAAAGUAAACAACAUUACAAUUGACAAAUGCACUAAGAUGGGAAUCUUAUUUACGGAUGUUGUGGCUGCUUGUGAGAUCGUAAAUUGCAACCGUGUUGAGGUGCAAUGCCAGGGCUCAGCUCCUACAGUUUCAGUGGACAACACAGCUGGCUGCCAAUUUUACUUAAGCAAAGAUGCCCUGGGGGCAUCUAUAACUACUGCUAAGUCAAGUGAGGUCAAUAUAUUAGUACCUGCUUCUGGACCUGAUGGUGAUUGGGCAGAGCAUGCUUUGCCAGAACAGUUUAUUCAUGUGUUUAAGGAUGGUCGGUUUGAAACUACCCCCGUCUCUCACUCAGCAGGAGGGUAA